GGACCAAGUGCAGUUGGUUUAGAACGGUUGAUAGGACAACACGUUCGCCAGCUGUCGGACGAAAAUUCACUUUUUAAUAUUAGCCCCACCUUUUUUCUUUAAUUUUCGCGUUUCGGAUUUUACUUGUUAGCUUUUUCUUUUCCCAAUUCUUCCACAUAUUCUAUACAAAAACUAUUCUCAACCUGUCUCAAUAAUUUCCUAUAAAUAUUUUGACAUAUCCUUUACAUUAUCCUUUCCAUUUAAAUCCAUUUGUUUCUUUCUUGAUCUCUUCUAUAUAAUUCCAUCUCUUUCCUUCUCCUCUAUCACAAAUUUGUUUGAAAAGAAAAGAAAAAGAUACACACGUACAUAUAUACGUAUAUAAAAAAAGUUCAAUUUGGUUCGUCAUCUUCCAUAUCGAUACUCUUAUUAUUAUCCGUUUCGAUGACGUCGUACGGGACUUUGUGAGUUAAUACGUGCGUGCGCGCCAGCGAGAGAGCGAGAGAGAAAAGGAGAGAGUUAUCGAUUUAAAUUCGACGAGGAGAAGAGAUAGUUUGGAGCGAGCCAGUCGGUCACGUAUCACCGAAGAAGAAGAUCUCGAAGAAUUUCAAUGUCGAGGAAAGUCAUCGGGCAAGUUCUUUUCAUUUUCUUUGGUUUGUUUUUCUUUGUCGAUGAUGUCACGUCGGAUCUCAAUGAUCCAACAAUUUUUGAGAGAGAUCGACCCUACAUGGACGACUGGUUGGACAUUUUUUCGACCUUGAUAAAUAUCGAAAUGGAGGAGAAAUUGUUGAUACCGGUGGAGAAUCGUGAUUGGCAAGGUCCAGAAAAUCUUGGCCAGAUUUCUGGAGUCUCGGUGGAUCCUUCGGGAUAUCCUGUAGUCUUCCAUCGUGCCGAUCGAUUAUGGAGAUACGAUACCUUCACCAAUGAUAAUGUUUAUCAAGAGGAAUACAAAGGGCCGAUAAAAGAAAAUACCGUGCUAACGUUGGAUCCAAAUACUGGUGAAAUUUUACGUGGCUGGGGGAAUCACACGUUUUAUUUGCCACACGGUAUACAUAUUGAUGGUUUUGGAAACGUGUGGUUAACCGAUAUUGCUCUUCAUCAAGUUUUUAAGUACGACAGUAAUGGGAUUCUCGGGCUGUCACUCGGUCAACGAUUCGAGCCAGGAAACGAUCUUGAACACUUUUGUCAACCGACGUCAGUCGCUGUGGCACCGUCGACAGGCGAGAUCUACGUCGCUGACGGCUACUGCAAUCGUAGGAUUAUUCUCUUCGAUUCAAUGGGAAAACCACGAUACAGCAUAGAAGGACACGAGGUGAAUCUACUGAUACCACAUUCGUUAACAAUAUUGUCUAACGGAGAUCUCUGCAUUGGCGAUCGAGAAAAUGGAAGAGUACUUUGUGUAAAUGUUAAACUUUUCGGAUCGGAAAUCGUGGUCUCCAAACCACCAUAUUCUAUUUCAUUCGUUGGCCGAGUUUUCGCUAUUGCAUCUUAUCGUGACUGGAUUUACGCCGUGAACAACAUGUAUAGUACAAAUGCAAUAGGUUACAUGAUAAAUCCAUACACUCGAAAAAUCAGCAAUCUAUGGUAUCCUGAAUACGGUAAUUUUCGAAAUCCACAUGACAUCGGGAUAUCCCCAAAUGGCACGUCACUUUACGUCAGCGAGAUCGGUCCUAAUAAAGUAUGGAAGUUCGAUUUGAUAAAACAUGUUUGAAGAAAAAUGAAGAAAAUCGACGAUCGAUCCUCCAAAAGUUAAUGUAACAAUCGCAUCAACAGCCAAAAAAAAUUGAAAUGAAAAAGAAAAAAAAAAGGAAAAAAAAAGAGAAAUAACAAUAACAAAAAAAAAACAAAUGAAAAAAACUGAAGAAAACGAUACCCCCAUAAAAAAAAACAAAACAAAAUAAAAUAAAAGCAGAAAUAUAAAAGAUAAAAGAUAGACAAAGAAAGAAGAAAAUCAAAUUCAAAAAAGUCAUAUAUGUAUACAUACAUACAUAUAUGACUUUUUUGAGUUUAUAUAUAUGUGUGUGUGUGUGUGUGUGUGUGUGUGUGUGUGUGUGUAUAUAUAUAUCAUGGGGGAUACAUUUAAAUGGCACAUCACUGAUCUCGCUUUUAACCGAUUAUCGAAAAGUAUAGAUUCUAUCCAGAAAACGUCUUUAAGAUGAGAAAGAAAAAAAUCAACGUACUAUCUGAGAGUCAUAACAAUGACAUGUAAAAAAAAAAUAUACCAACCCUUUCAAAAAAAAAAAAAAAAGAAAAUUAAAAAAGAAAAAACGACAAAAAAUAAAAUCAAGAGAAAGUGAUACCAAAUAAAAAAAGAUUAAAAAAAGAAAAUAAAAAAAAAACAAAAGAUAAAAGAAAUAAGGAAAAAGUAAGACGGACGAGGGGAAAAAAUAUUAAAUAACGAAAAUCGUAUAUAUGUCGAUAAAUAUAAAAUACAUACGUACUCGUAUAUAUAUAUAUAAAAAAAGUAACAACAGCAUAUAUAUAUAUUAUAUUAUUAUAUUCUUCAUGGUGGGGAGGGGUGGAAGAUAAGAAAAAAAAACGAAGAACGAAUGCGGCAACGACGACAAAAAAAAAGUUAAAAAAUAAAAAAAAAAAAGGAAGAUAAAAAGAAGAAAAAAAACAGAAAAGCCAAAAAAAAACAAAAAUCAAAACAAAAACCAAAACAAAGGAGAAAAGAGAAAACAAGAAAACGUACAUGAAUUGACGAAGGUUAUAUAUAUAUAUAUAAAAAAAAGAAAGAAAAGAAGAUGAGAAAUUAAAAUAAAAAGAAUCCAUUCUGUGCGGAUCAUCGUAAGUGUUACGUCGCUUUAACGUGAAUCAAUCCAACUAUGAUAAUAUAUGAGUAUAUAUAUAUAUGUACAAAUAAAAAAAAAAAAAAGAAACAAUGAAGGAGAAGAAAAAAGAAAAAAGAGAAGUAAGAAGAAAACGAGAAGAAGGGAUGACAAAAAAUUCGAAUGGAAAAAGGAAAAAGAAAGAAACAUUUAAAAAAUGAUCAAAGAAAAUAAUAAUGAUGAAAAGAAAAGAAAAAGAGAAAGGACACGAAUAAGAAAAACCAAUGAGGAGAAGAAAUUACAGAGAAACAUAAAAGUCAGAUAAAUGCAAAUAUACCUAAUGAAAAAUACCUAAUAAUAAUAAUGAUAAUAAUAAUAAUAAUAAUAAUAAUAAUAAUAACAAUAAUAAUAAUAUAAAUUAUAUUAAUAGUAUUAUUAAUAAUACUAAUAAUAAUACACGUGAGGAGUGUGUAUGUAACGCGCGACAUUCUCAUCGUCUCUUUGGAACCUAAACUACCUCCUUCUAUUUGAACUCCAAUUACGUACGUACAUAUAGAUGAGAGGGUAAACGAGUAUGCAAAUGUCCUGUCCUAUGUACGUAUGCGUAUAUGUGUACUCAUGCGUUUGUGCGUGCGUGCGUGUGUGUGUGUGUGUGUGUGUGUGUGUGUGUGUGUGUAUGUAUGUAUGUAUGCUAAUGCACAAAUUCUGCAAAUUAAUCUACACACGUAGACUAGUAACGUGUGUAUUUUAAACGCGUGAAAAUAUGUAGAGUGGAUUUGAGCUCGCACAGAUGUACACAUACACACAUACACAUACAUACUAAUACACAUACACGCAUAUACAUAACACCGAUCCAUCGUACACGUGUGUAUGUUGAUCACGAAUAUUUCCAACGAGUCUCUUACGAAUUCGUUUCUUCGUUCACGUUUUAUUAAUUCUUUUUUGAUACUCUCUUCAUAUUUCUGAUUUUACGCAUUUCGUGUGUAUGCUGUUUGUCUGUGAAUGUGUAUGUGUGGAUGUAUGUAUAUGUAUGCGUGUUUACGUAUCUGUUUUUCACGAAUGCGAAUGCAUGCACGCGCGCGUGCUCGUACGAAUCGUUUGAAUGCGUAUUUGAAUGUAUUUUAUCAAUCGAAACAUAUAAUAUGAUCGAACAAAAAAUCAUUGAUUUUGUGUGAUCGAUUGUUUAGAUCUUUGGAGGGUUAAAAAGAGGAUAAAGAAGAACCGAGAAAAAUAAUUAGAGGAAACAAUUCGACGUUCAUGUUAUGUUAACGUGUUAAUUUUACGAGUAGAGAUUUGUUUUCUUUUUUCUUUAUUUCUUUUUUUUCUGGAAAGGGGUAAGAGACAAGGGAUGAUUUAAGCGAUUACAGGAUAAGGCAUUUUUCUUUUUGUAAUAUUCGACAAGUUUUUUUUUGUGAAAAAAUGUUCGUACAAAAAAAAAAUUGAAAGAGAGAUGCAAAGAUAACGUAGCAAGAGACGUCAGAUAAAUUAUAAUUGGAAUAUUGAUUAUUUGAUUCUGAUUUAUCAUUUGGUUGAAAGGGUAUUGAGAGUGCGACGAGAUUUCUUUUUCUAAUUUUUUUUGUUUUCUUUGAUUUUCUCUUUUUUCUUUUUUUUUUUUCUCUUUCAAUCCUAUAUAACACUUCGUAAUAAAAGUCAGAUAAUAUUCAGAUAAAAGGAAAUGGAGGCGACGAAUUAAUUACAGUUAUUGAUCGAUCCUAAACGACAUUAGCAUUGAAAUAUAAUAUAAGAGAUAUAAUAUAAAUGUAAUAUAAAAAUUGAUAUAAAAAAAUAAUAAUCGUAACUGUUGAAUCUUUUUUCUCUUUCUUUUUUUUUCAUUCAUUUAUUUUCUUUCGUAUUGAAUUCUUUUUCCUUCUUUUUCUUUUUCUUUUAAAUGAAUUAAGAAGUAAAUGAGAUGAUAGAUCGAUAGUUACGGUUUUUAAGAAGAAUAUAAUUAAAAAUAUGAACGUACACGUUCGUACUUACUCGAAGGAUUAAUUAAAUAUAUAAUUAAUUAGAGACAAUAUGCAGGAAAGUCAUCGACACGUUUUGCCUGUAAGAGCGUACGUGGCAUUGGUACUUAAUUGUAAUAAUUUUGUUAAAUUAUUGCUGCGUAUUAUAAAAAGAAAAAAAAAAGAAAAAAUAACCAAAAAAGACAAAGAAUAUUUCAUCGAUUGGGAAAAAAGAGAUGGAAAGGACUAACCUAAAAUUAAAAUAAUAAUCUAACAGGACGAGAAAGAUAAUUAUUUAAAAGAUAUGUAUGAUAAAAGUUUGGUGUUAUAUACAUGGUGGAACGUUCUAAUUGGAUAAAAAUGCAGGACCGAUUAUCAAACCCGACAUUUUUAUGUAUAUUACAUUUAUUAUAUUUUUAUUAUAUUACAUUGUAUAUAUUUUUUUAUUUUUCAUAAAAAAAUUAAGAGAUCCGUAAAAAUUUUCCUGAUAAUUUAUCAAAUUCAUAACAAAUAUUAUUUGUUGAACAUGAAUUAAUGAAUCUUCAAAUGAUAUAUCUUUAUUAGAUUUUAUUUUCAUUUUAAAUAUUAAUUUUUUGGAAAGGGAUUAAAGGUUCCGUAAAAAUUUUCGUGAUAAUUUAUUGAAGUAAUAACAAAUAUUAUUUGUUGAAAAUGUAUUAAUGAAUCUUCAAAUGAAUUACAUCUUAUUAGAUUUUAUUUAAUAUUAUCUUUUUUUUUUGGAAACGAAUUAACGAAUCUUUAAAAAUAUUUUCGAUAAUUAUUUCGAGAUAUCGUAACAAAUGUUAUUUUCUGUAAAAAACAAACUGAUCAAUCAUAAGAAAUUCGUUUGAAUCGUGAUUAUUUCAAAGUAAAGAAAGAAAGUAGACAUCUAUGACUGUUUCGACGUAAAAAAUAAUUGAUUAUUUUUAUUAUCAUUAUAACUUUUUUUCUAUUAUAUAUAUAUAUUUUUUUUAUAACGACAACGUCCUGUCAAAAACGAAUAUAAUUAUUAACGAAAACGAAAUGUUUCGUUAAUCAAAAGUAGUUACAAAACGAUUACUUUCAUCUCUUUGCAAAAUGAUAAAGAAACAAAGAUUAAAAAAAAAUACAAAGAAAAAAGAAGAAAGUUGAAAACGAAAAAAAAAAUCAAAAAAGAAGAAAAAGAAGAAGAAGAAGAAAAAAAGAGAUGACACAUUACUCGACAAAAUUAUAAUAAAAUCAUUAAUAAACAAUGACGUCAGACAUGCAAAUUAAUUCCAAUCGAGGAUCGUCACAAAGAACUAUUGAUCUUGACUAAUAUAUAUCAAAACUUAUGUAUGUAUGUAUGUACAUAUGUAUGUAUGUACGUAUGUAUGUAUGUACGUAUGUAUGUAUGUACGUAUGUAUGUAUGUAUGUAUGUAUGUAUGUAUGUAUGUAUGUAUGUAUGUAUGUAUGUAUGUCAUUGAGAAAAUAAAAAAUUAAUCCUAGAUCUUUUUUGAGUAUAGAACGAUCUAUUGACGAAGGGAAUUGUACGGAAUAAAAAAUAAAGAAAAAAAAAAAAAAAAGAUAGGAAAAACAAAAAGAUAAAAAAUGCGAUAUAAUACGAUAACUUUCCUGCAUCAAUAUUAAUUCUUACGAAUCGAUCGAGAUAUAUAGUUUAAUUAUAUUUCAGAUAUUAUAAAUCGAUAUUAUAGUUCUGGAUCUGUAAUCUUUGUUGUUGUUGUUGUUGUUGUUAUUAUCGAUGAUUUUUUCUCUUUUAAUCUUUUCUUUUUCUUUAUGUUUUCUAUCGAACGAACGAAUAAACGAUCGGAAAUGUAAAGGGAGAAAUAGAAGAAUAAGAGAAUAAUUAAAAAAGAAAAUUAAAGAGAAAAGAUCAGCAACGACUACAAUAACAACUACAAUAAAAAUUACAGAUCGACAACUAUCAUUAUUCGAUAUAUCGAUCGAAUGUUUUAAAUGACUUCGAUAAUCUUCGCGAUAUAUAAAUAUAUAUGUACGUAUGUAUGAAUGUAUUUAUGUAUGUAUCUAUGUAUGUAUGUAUGUAUGUAUGCAUGUAUGUAUUUAUGUACGUACAUAUAAAUACACAUCGUCGACGCGUUAGUCGCGUUUAUGUGAGUACAAGUUAAACAAACAACAAAUUUAGCUUUCCUCUUUUAUUAGGUAAAAAGGGUUGACGAAUGAAUGAAUGAACGAACGAACGAACGAACGAACGAAUGUACGAAUGAAGGAACGAAUGAAUUAUUUAAUAAGAAGAGAAAAAAUAAACCAUAAAAAUAAAAACGAAGAAGAAACCAAAAAAUAUCCAAGAACAAACAGUCGAUUUAAAAAUAUCCAAAAGAUAAAAUUCUCACAGAGGAAGAUAACGUAAAGAAAGGAAAAUUCCGAGGAAAAAAAAAAAAAAGAAUAAAACAUAAUAAUAAUAAUCAUCGGAGAAUAAAACACGCGUCUUCCUAUCUAUGAUAUGUGAAAACGAAGAACAGUAGUGAAGAAAGUAUUAUAGAAUGAUAAAAAAAGAGAAAUUAAUUACAGAACAGCAGAUGAAUACUCGAUCCUAUGUCUUGAUACGCACAAUAUGUGAUUUUUUAAUUUUGAUUAGUUGAUCGAUCAGAAUAUUAAUGAUCAAAGUAAAUUCUUGAUCGCGCGAUGUCUAAUAUUAUAUUAUAGUUCGUUCGUUCAAACUACAGUUCGUUCGAACUCUUAUUAUAGUUCGGUUUAAUGAUUAAAAAAUUAAAAAAAAAUUAAAAAAAAAAAGAAAAAAAAAGAAAAGAAACAAGAAAAAAGGAAAGAAAACUCGAUCCGAUUUCUCGACUCGCGAUAUACGCGAUUCUUGAUAACCGAAGAAACUUCCAAAUUCUGUUAAACGUAAAUUUUAUUAUCGCUCGAUUCUUAUCGAAUAUAAUUCAUACGUUCGUUUUAACGUAUCGUUUAAACAAUUUACGACGACUCCAUUUUUUUAUAUUGUCCGAGAAGUUGACAUUUGAAGGAAGGAAAACAAAAUUAAAGAGAAAUCUUCCAAAAUUAAUGAGAGAGUCUUCCAAAUUUGAAAAAAAAUAUAUAAUUAAAAGAAAGAAAACAAUUAAAAAAAAAAUUACAUAUUAUAUAUUCAUAUUUAUAUAUAAGCGACAUCGCGAAAUUCAAUUUUCGUUAUCGAUGUCAAACUUACGAGAUUUCGAAUCUAAUUGCCGAUGCAUUGUUUUACGUGAUGUUAAUUGAAAACAAAAGAAGAAAAGAAAAAUAUAUUCAUUUUGUUCAAAAAAAAAAAAAAAGAAAAGAAAGAAAGAAAGAGAAACAAAAAGAAUUACAAGUCGAAAUAUUACGUCGAGAAACGAUCGAGUUGGCUGCCUAGUUAGUUAGGAGAACAGAAAAAUCACGGUUAUGAUCCUAUUGUACAAAGAACAAAAAAAAUUUAAAAAUAAAUAAAAAAUGCAAAAAAAAAGAAAACAAAACAAAUACAAAAUUAAUGAUUAAGAUAAUGAAUUCACUCAUAUAAUAAUAAGGUUUGUUAAGAGAAGAUAAAUCUUUCUCUGGAAAUAUCGAUUCUCUAUAUAUGAAUUGACUUAAAUGCAACAUCACAGCAUUGAUUGACAUCGUCAUUAAAAAUGAUAAUAAAAAUAAAUAAAUAUUAAGUAAAAUAAUAUUGAUACGGAUUUCGAACGAUCUCACAUACUACUACACGUGCCUGAUACGAUUUGUUCACCGGCUCAAAUCUUUUAAGGAACGAAUAAGCGUACACGUUCGUUUAAAUUUAUCCUUAAAUCACUAACAACAACAAUUAAAAAUAACAACAACAAGAAAACAACAAACAACAACAAUAGUAAUAAUAUAAAACACUUUUCUCUGACUCUUUUAAAUAUAAAUAAAUAAAUGGCAGCUUCAAAUAGAUAAAGAAAAAAAAUUAACAUUAUUUGGAUUACUGAUAAAUGGAGAGAAAAAUGAGAAGAAAAGGUAAACAAAAAAUCAAAAAAACAAAAAUGAAGAAAAAGAAGAAGAAGACGUCGAAACGACGAUAACGACGAUGUUGAUUUAAAAAAUAUGGAGGGUCAGGGUACGAGUUAAACUGUACGAAGAGAUAAAGCGAGAGGAAAACAAAUUUAUUAUCAAAAAAAAAACAAAAAAACAAAAAACAAAAAAAAAACAAAAACAAACAAAAAACAAAAAAAUAAAACAAAAAAUAAAAAAUAAAAAACAAAACGUAACAGAACAAAGUAAUGGUAACAAAGCGAGAAGAAGUUGCUCAAAAAAAAGGAACUGGAUAAAAUGCGUCGCAAAACAAAACGAAACGAACGAAAAUCACAACCAAAGAAAAAACAAAACAAAACAAAAAAGAAAAAAAAAAAAGAAAUAAGAAAGAAUGAACGAAGGUGUUCGUUAAUACGUUAAUGCUAAAGAAAAAUUAUAUAUUAAACGACGACACGUACAAAAAGAAGAGAAAAAAAAAAGAAGAAGAAAAGAAAGAAAAAUGAGAAAAAAAAAGGGAAAAGGAAAAACAAGAAAAAAAAAACGGGGAGGAAAGAAGGGCGUAAAAAGGAGAUAAAACGUAAAACGCAAAAAUGAUAUGAUUCGACGCGAAUGGACCAACCGAUAUUCGCGUUGAUAUAAAUCUCAGGUAUGUGAACAAGUAUAUGGCACAAAAAAUAUCGUGUAUGCUGUCCCUCUGCACUCUGACGAGAAGAUGGAUCUAUAUCCAUUUGCAAAGGUUCAAAACGAUUUAUAUCUACCAAUCCAAAAAAAAGAAAAAAAAAAGAAAAAAAAAAGAAACUAAAGAAUUGAUCCAUCCCAUUAUUUUCGAUUACAAUAGCAAGAACAUUACAUAUAAA